AAAAUUAUUUAUAUUUUAGAAUCCACGACGCUACGCAUACGAAAAUUGGCAAAAUAUUGUAGUUUCAAACAAAUAUCUAAGCAUUUGCGAUCAAAUGAUAAUGUGUGGUGCUCAACGCGGCAUAGUUGUGUACAAUUGCUUUCCAAAUGGUUACGCAGCAACCGAUUUGCCAUAAAAAUUUGGCCUGGCACCGCGGCCAUCAACAAAAACGAAAACGACAAAACAAAUUUGCGUGCGCAAACUGCAAGAUCGCAUGGUAAAAUUGUGAAACGUGCAAAUCAUUUUCCAAAUCGAUGCUCAUAGAAAUGCGCUAAACAAAUUGUUCGUGGAGUUAUAAUUGCAAAAGAAGCAGCUAAAUAGCUGCCGCUGCAUUGCGGUGGUGGUGCAAAAAGAACAUUAAAUCGCUGGCAAGAAGAAGAGCCGCCAACUGAGAAAAGUGAAAUAAAACAAAAAAUAUAUAAAGAAAACAAAAAAAACAACGCCGUGGCGUGCGCCUAUCGCUAAAAUCGCGCGACACUUAAGCAAAAUCAAUUCAUCAUAUCAAAAAAAAAAAAAAGAAAAGAAGACUUAAUUAUUUGAACGUGCAGCCAGCUCUGCAAUUUCAGAGCGCGACCUGAGCGCAAUUUCUCGUUGUAUUUUGUGUUGCUGCUGCUGGUGCUACUGCUACUGCUGCAGGUGCUGCCAACGCUGACGACAUGCGCGCCUAGAGUUGCCAGCUCGGAAAUUAGCAGCAACGAAGAUUUCUAUAUUUUAUUUUUCAAAAAUUGAACACAUUUCGAACUGGGAUGCAUUGCCUGGCAUCCUAUUUUAACCAAGAACAGCACUGAAGAGGAGUCCAUCUCUGCAAAGGGCAUAUUUCAACACCAUCAACAAAACAUUUUUUUUUUGAUUGACGCGUCGUGGUCCAGCGGAUCGACGACGCCAUUGGAUUGAAAUUUUCGUUCGCCCCGUUGUUAAAGAAAAGCUGCCACCAUUCGGAAGAAAAACACUUCGAAUAUGACCCACAAUAUCGGUAUGGCGCCAUAUCGUAUGCCGGGUCCAGCGGGUGGUCUAUGUCCGCCUGAUUUUAAGCCACCGCCUCCGACGGAUAUCAUCUCGGCGCCGAGUAAUCCAAAGAAGCGACGAAAAACAUCGAAUGCGGCUAACUCGGCAGCUGCCGCUGCGGCGGCGGCAGCUGCUGCGGCAGCGGCCGCUGCCAAUUCCAUGCAACAGCAGCAGUCGGCGCCGCCAACGCCGCAGGAUCUGCUGCCGCCGCCACCGAUGGGCGGUUUCGGUGACACGAUCAUUGCCUCCAAUCCGUUCGAUGACAGCCCCCAGGUGUCGGCCAUGUCCAGCUCGGCGGCCGCUGCAAUGGCAGCCAUGAAUCAAAUGGGCGGCGCCGGCGGUCCGGGACACUUUGGACCGCAUCCGCAUUGGGAGGAGCGCAUGGGAAUGGGCAUGCAUCCGCAUAUGCAUCCACAUCAUCCGGGCGCCGGCGGUGGACCCAUGGGCCAUGGGCCGCACGGACCGCAUCAUAUGGGCGGGCCGCCGCCAAUGCGUGGCAUGAGCCCCCUGGGGCCUGGUGGGCAUCCACAUCCGCAUGCGAUGGGACCCGGCGUUGGUCUACCGCCGCACAUGAAUCACGGCCGUGCCGGUGGCGUACCCAUGGGCAGCCCGAUGGGUGCUAUGGCUGGCAUGGGCGGCAUGAGUCCCAUGGGUAAUAUGGGUGGACCAAGCAUAUCACCGCAUCAUAUGGGCAUGGGCGGCUUAUCACCAAUGGGCGGUCCCAAUGGGCCCAAUCCGCGUGCAAUGCAAGGCUCGCCCAUGGGCGGCGCUGGUGGACCCAUGCCCGGCCAGAACUCGCCAAUGAACUCGCUGCCCAUGGGCUCACCCAUGGGCAACCAGAUUGGCAGUCCACUGGGUCCCGGACCAGGACCAGGGCCCGGACCCGGACCGGGGCAACAACAGCAGCAAGGAUCGCAACAGCAGCAGCAGCCACAAAACCCGCAGCAGACUCACAUGAACAAUGGCCAAAUGGGUCCACCGCCAUUGCAUAGUCCACUGGGCAAUGGGCCGACAAAUCACAGUCACAUGUCCGGCGUGCCUGGUCCCGGGCCAAGUCCUGGGCCGGGCGGUUUGGUUGGACCCGGUGGCAUGUCGCCAGCCAAUCCCAACAACAACAGCAACAUGAUGGGUGGAAAUGCGUCCAACAGUAACAACAACAGUAAUAAUAAUAACAACAGUGGUGGCAACAAUCCCAACAAUAGCAACAACAAUCAAAAUCCUCAUCCUCAUCCGCAUCUGUCGCCAGCGGCGCCGGGUGGCCGUUUGGGUGGUGGUGGUAGUGGUGGCGGAAGUGGUGUAGCACCCAACUCUAUGCAAUCUAACGGUCCAUUGCCGGCGGCGUCAUCAUCAUCAUCAUCAGCAACGUCUACAGCGACGACGACGACAACGUCGUCGGUAACGGCGACCACAUCAGUGCCUACUUCCUCACCAGCGCCGCCCGCCAUGUCACCGCAUCAUGCGCUCCAUAGUGCCGGUCCCAGUCCGGGCAUGCCCAAUUCUGGGCCCAGCCCCCUGCAAUCACCAGCGCUCAGCAGCGCAGGCGGAGGCAAUAACAACAACAAUAACAAUAAUAAUAAUAAUAACAUGAACAACAAUGGACCCAUGAUGAGCCAGCAAAUGCACCCAAAUGUUCCUAUGCAGCAGCACCAGCAACACAUGGGUGGACCACCUGGUGGACCUGGUCAUGGGCCAGGCGGUCACGGACCUGGCGGUCCAAUGGGCAUGGGCAUGAAUCAAAUGCUGCCGCCACAGCAACCGCCACAUCUUGGAGGACCACCGCACCCGCAGCUAAUGAAUCAUCCGCACCCGCAUCAUUCGCAUCCGGGCGGUCCGCAUCCGCCGCAUCACAUGAUGGGCCCGGGACCGGGCAUGCAUGGUCCUGGCCCGGGAGGCAUGCCGCCGCACAUGGGCGGCGGCGGUGGUGGUGGAAAUCCGCACAUGAUGGGACCACACGGCAAUGCCGGCCCACACAUGGGACAUGGGCAUAUGGGCGGUGUGCCGGGGCCGGGUCCGGGACCAGGCGGCAUGAAUGGACCGCCACCGCACCAUGGAAUGCCACCUCACCACGCACACACACACCCACAUCAUCAUGGGCACGGACACAGUCCCAUGGGCGGUCCGAACAUGUUCGGCGGUGGUGGUCCAAUGGGUCCGGGUCCCAUGGGUAACAUGGGCCCAGGGCCAAUGGGCGGCCCCAUGGGUAACAUGGGCGGCCCAAUGGGCAAGCCAAUGACAAUGACCGGUGGCAAAAUGUAUCCACCUGGUCAGCCGAUGGUCUUCAAUCCGCAGAAUCCUAAUGCGCCGCCCAUUUAUCCGUGUGGCAUGUGCCACAAGGAGGUAAACGACAACGACGAAGCAGUCUUCUGUGAAUCUGGUUGUAACUUCUUCUUUCACAGAACCUGUGUGGGUCUCUCGGAGGCGGCCUUUCAAAUGCUCAACAAGGAGGUGUUCGCCGAGUGGUGCUGUGACAAGUGUGUGUCUUCCAAGCAUAUACCCAUGGUCAAGUUCAAAUGCUGAAGAUCUGCUACUAAACCAACAACAACAACGAUAACAACCAAUCAACAACAACAACCACCACCACCACCAGCUAGCACUCAUUCACUCUGUAUAAAUAUUCAAGCAUUAACUAUUUUAAUUAUAGUGUUUAAGCAGUUUAGGGUACCAUCAAAAAAUAUGCGCUCAAUAGUCAAAACGGUCCCCAACGAAUCCAACAAUUUUAAAAUCGUCGACUCACUAUACAUAUAUAUAUAUAUAUAUAUAUAUACAUAUAUACUGUAAACGUGGCCGGAGCAGUGUUGUGAAUUUGUCGCUCCGGUCAGGCUCAAUACGUGCAUCCUUAAAAAUCAAACCUUAAGCUACAAAAAAACAAAAUCAAAUGGAAAACGAAAUAUGUAUGCUAAUUGUAAUAUAGUAUA